GUCACUAUGCCUCGAAUUAAAGCACUUAUGACUGGUAGCAUCCCAGGUUUCAUUGAUAUAAUCAUGAACCUUAACUCUCCAGCCUUGAUGGAAGACAACUUAAUAUGGCAGGCCAAAGUUGCUGGGAAAAGAAUAAUAUUCUAUGGUGAUGAUACAUGGAUUAGGCUGUUUCCAAAGCAUUUUGUUGAAUAUGAUGGGACAACAUCUUUUUUUGUCUCAGACUACACUGAGGUUGACAACAAUGUUACUAGACAUUUGAAUAAUGUACUGAAAAGAGAAGACUGGGAUAUACUCAUUCUUCAUUAUUUAGGAUUGGAUCAUAUUGGUCAUCUGGCUGGACCAAACAGUCCUUUGAUAGGACCAAAGCUUUCUGAAAUGGAUGACAUUAUCUCAAAGAUUCAUAAGUCUCUGCUUUCCAAGGAACGGGAGAAAAGAACUUUGCCCAAUUUACUUGUUGUUUGUGGUGACCAUGGCAUGUCUGAAACAGGAAAUCAUGGUGGUUCCUCAGAAAGUGAAAUUCGCACCCCCCUGCUUUUCGUGAGCUCUGCUUUUCUAAGGACAGGUGGUCCCCGAAGACAUCCGGAACUUAUCCAACAGACUGAUAUAGCGGUCACCUUAGCAUUAGGGCUUGGCUUGCCAAUUUCAAGAAACAGCGUUGGGAAGCUUCUGUCCCCUGUGAUAGAGUGGAAGACAGCUAGAGAACAGCUACGGUACUUGCAUUUGAAUGGUUUCCAACUCGGUAAACUUCUUCAAGAGAAUGUCCCUACAUAUACGAAAGACCCUGGAUUUGAAAUGUUUGUGAAGGCAGAAAAAGCUCAUGGGAAUUGGAUUCAAUACUAUUUGGAGGGCAGUAGUACACAAGUUGUCAUGAAUUUGAGCAAAAAAAUCAUAAAACAGUAUUUGGAAGCUCUCAAGAUCCUGAGCUCGUCUUUAAGCAAGCAAGUGGCCCAGUAUGAUGUCUAUUCAAUGAUAACAGGAACGAUGAUUAUUCUGGAGGUGCUGUUCUUGCUCUUAUUGAGCCUUCCAAAAGCCCUGAGCAGCAGAGCUGAAUUUGAGAUGCCUCACUCUUCCUUGUGUUCUCUGAUGUUCUACUUGAUGUGCCUAAUAUGGAGUGCCAUUCAUGUAGUUGUCUGCACCUCCACAGAAAGCUUAUGCUAUUUUUGCAGCAUUCCCUGGCUUAUAGCAGCUGGAAUUAUCAUGCUGGCUUCGGGGCUUUUUUGGGUCAUAAUUUCUCUUCUGGAAGCACGGGUAAUAAAUUCAAGACAACCAUUGAAGAAUCCAGCUGCUGCUCCUUCCAGCUGGUCUGAAUUAGAUGUGCUGAUCCUGGCAGGCACCAUUGGCCAUAUUUCAAGUCUGGGUGCUAGCAGCUUUAUUGAAGAAGAACACCAAACCUGGUAUUUCCUGGUCAAUACCCUUUGCCUUGCCCUCUGCCAAGAAAUCUGUAGACAUUAUUUCUUGACAAAGGACGGUGAUCUGCAGAUCCUCCCAACGGGUAAGGCAAAGGCUGAAGAAAUGGAAGAAACGCCUUCCCACUACAGAAGUGAUAUUGAAAUGACAGAGGAUGAUCUGAAGAUGGGCAGAGGGGCCAACCCUGUAAGCAUAAAUAACUUCGAGAAGUGGAUGGCUUUAGCAACUCCCUGGCUCAUCCUUAUCAUCUGUAGAGUGCUUCGUUCAUUGAAUCAAACUGGAGUCCAGUGGGCGCAUAGACCAGAUUUUGGACAUUGGCUGACAAGCUCUGAACACAAAGCUGAACUUUCUCUUCUGGCAUCAGUGUCUCUAGUUAUGAUCCUUGUACUUGUUCAUCGAAGAUGUUCUUUGGUUUCGAAAAUAGCAAUGGCACUUGGACUCUUGGGAGUGUACAGUUACCGGGCAGCGAUAGGAAAUGUGGAAUUUCCAUGGCAACGAGACAGAAAAGAUAUUUCAAAGGGCAUAAUUGAAGCACGUUUUGUUUACAUCUUUGUUCUUGGCAUCAUCUUCACAGGCACAAAAGAUUUAUUCAAAUCUCUAUUUUUUUCAACGGAUACUAAGAUCAAGUUUACAGGUUUAUGGGAAAUCUACAGUGGGCUGGUUCUGCUAUCAGCUCUCUUGUUCAGACCUCAUAACUUGCCAGUUUUGGUCUUGUGCCUAUUCGUUCAAACCAUGAUGAGAAACUACAUCUGGAAGCCACUGGAUUUUGAUGCUGCUCAAGUUACUAUCAUGCAUUAUUGGUUUGGACAAGCAUUUUUCUUUUUCCAGGGGAAUUCAAACGGCAUUGCUUCUGUGGAUGUUUCAGCUGGCUUUGUUGGGCUAAACGACUAUGUAGAAAUUCCUGCCAUUUUUCUUACUGCACUUGCAACAUACUCGGGCCCCCUGCUAUGGGCCAUUCAUCUGUUGUGUUAUUUGAGUUCUGAAGUGGACAGGAAUCCUGCAGCGAUUGGGCAUGGCUGUUUCUGUUACGCCCUGUUGCGUUCCAUCCCAGUUGCGGUAUAUAUUAUUCUGAUCACGGGACUGCGAUACCAUCUCUUUAUCUGGAGCGUCUUUUCACCGAAACUUCUCUAUGAGGGAGUACACACUUUCAUCACAGCAGCUGUGUGCGCUUUCUUUACAGCGGUGGAUCACCAGCGGCGCAGAGACUGAAAUCACUGGCCAGGCAGAAUUUUACCAUGCUUAAUUUCUAAUUAGGGACUGAGGUUUUACAGUGGAAUGAACAUUCUUGCUGCUAGACUCCCAAUGAACUCCAGAAAUUAGUUUUUGAUUUUCCCCCCCUUUUUUUCUUGGCAAACUCAUUUCAUGCCUUGGCUAUGGGCGUGACAAAACUAUCCUGAAGUGACACUUGAAGUGUCGGUGGCUGGGAGAGAGAAUGGCCAGGUUAGCUUUGUUGUAUGAAUGUUGUACAAUCACCUGCUUCCCUUUCCAGUGUCAGAUAUAGUGCCUUUCUAAAUUUGGAAUCCUUAUACUGGGAUCUGAAGCAGGGCGAACUUUGGAGUAUGCUGGAAUGUAAUUAAGUUUAACUACAAUUAAAAAA